GCCCCGGGCCCCGCCGCACUACAGCUCCCGGCAACCUCCGCGCCGUGACUCGGCCGGGGCGCCGCGGCGCGGGCCGGGAUGGAGUGAGGGGCGAGCGGCGGACAGAGCGCGGCCCUGCGGCCCCCGCCCGUGUCUCGCUCCGCCCCGGGUCUAUGCGGCCCCCCGGAGACCAUGGGAUCCAGGAUCAAACAAAAUCCAGAAACUACCUUUGAGGUGUAUGCAGAGGUGACGCACUCAGGAGUCAGUUGCCUUGGGAAAGAUCCUGAGGUGCGGAGGCAAUUCCCAGAGGGCUACAGUGACCAGGAAGUUCUACAGACUCUGACCAAGUUUUGUUUCCCCUUCUAUGUGGACAGCCAUGCCAUUAACCAAGUUGGGCAGAACUUCACCUUUGUGCUCACAGACAUUGACAGCAAGCAGAGGUUUGGGUUCUGUCGCUUGUCCUCGGGGGCCAAGAGCUGCUUCUGUAUCUUGAGUUACCUCCCGUGGUUUGAAGUCUUUUAUAAACUGCUCAAUGUCUUGGCAGAUUAUUCAGCAAAAGGACAGGAUAGUCAGAGGAGUGAGCUCCUAGAAACAUUUCAUAAACUCACCAUCCCUGAGCCAGGAACCUCUGUUCAUCUUGGAGUGCACUCUUACUUUACUGUGCCUGACACCAGAGAGCUUCCCAGUAUACCUGAAAAUAGAAAUCUGACAGAGUAUUUUGUAGCAGUUGAUGUCAACAACAUGCUGCAUCUCUACGCCAGUAUGCUGUACGAGCGCCGCAUCCUCAUUUGCUGCAGUAAGCUGAGCACUUUAACUGCCUGCAUCCAUGGCUCUGCAGCCAUGCUCUACCCCAUGUUCUGGCAGCACGUUUACAUUCCUGUCCUGCCCCCACAUCUCCUGGACUACUGCUGUGCCCCCAUGCCCUACCUCAUUGGAAUACACUUAAGUUUGAUGGAGAAAGUAAGAAGCAUGGCCCUGGAAGAUGUGGUGAUCCUUAACGUAGACACCAACACACUGGAAACCCCAUUUGAUGACCUGCAGAGCCUCCCCAACGAUGUGGUCUCUGCACUGAAGAACAGAUUGAAGAAAGUCUCUACAACCACUGGAGAUGGUGUUGCAAGAGCGUUUCUAAAAGCACAAGCAGCUUUCUUUGGGAGCUACAGAAACGCCCUGAAAAUUGAACCUGGUGAACCCAUCACUUUCUGCGAGGAAGCGUUCGUGUCCCACCGUUCGUCUGUGAUGAGGCAGUUCCUGCAGAAUGCCAUCCAGCUGCAGCUCUUCAAGCAGUUCAUUGAUGGGCGUCUGGAUCUGCUGAACUCUGGGGAGGGCUUCAGUGACGUGUUUGAAGAGGAGAUAAAUAUGGGAGAAUAUGCAGGUAGUGACAAACUGUACCACCAGUGGCUGUCCACAGUGAGGAAAGGAAGUGGAGCCAUUUUAAACACAGUAAAGACCAAGGCUAACCCCGCCAUGAAGACUGUCUAUAAGUUUGCAAAAGAUCAUGCAAAAAUGGGAAUAAAAGAAGUGAAAAACCGCUUGAAGCAAAAGGACAUUGCUGAGAACGGCUCGGCCGUGCCGGAGGAGCCCCUGCCGAGGGCGGCACCCUCGCCCCUGCCUGACAAGAAGGACCCGAAAUUAAGAGAGGACAGGAGACCAAUCACAGUGCAUUUUGGGCAGGUGACUUUAAUUCAGUCUCCACUUUGCUGCAGCAGCACAGACUCCGCCCGCCGCGGCCGCCGCCCCCAAAGAUCCAGCGCUCCUCCAGGCCCCCCUGGGACCCGCGGUUGUUCUGCUUUUCUCUGGCGAGCCCUGCAGCUCUGGGCAGCUCUGCAGGUUCGCCCCCCAAGACCUCAUGUGGUUAAGAGGCCCAAGAGCAACAUUGGUGUGGAGGGCCGGAGGACCUCAGUUCCCAGCCCAGAACACCUCGUAAAGCCCAUGCGACACUAUACAGUCUUCCUCUCUGAGGACUCCUCUGAUGAUGAAUUUCAGCAGGAAGAGGAUCCUGUCUCUGGCUUCUCUGAAAACUUUUUCUUCUCUGCUCCUUUCGAAUGGCCUCAGCCGUACCGGGCGCUGAAGGAGUCGGACAGUGCCGAUGGGGAGGACGUGGGCAGCCCGGAGAGAGCCAGGGAGCCGCUGCCCCCAAGCCCUCUGCUCUCCAGCAAGGCCUCAGAAGUCAACCUCCUGGAAGACAUCUUCCCCAGCUUGGAAGUGGACGGCCAGCCCCAGCCCCUGAGCCAGGCCAAGAGCCUGGAGGACCUGCGGACGCCCAAGGAGGAGGCAGAGCAGCGCUGCUCCUUUGAAUACCAGAGAAUGGAUCUUGGUGUGUCUGAGAGGAGCAGGAUUGUGCCAAGCAUGAAGCUGUCCCACCCUUACAACAAGCUGUGGAGCAUGGGCCAUGAUGAUAUGGCUAUUCCCACCAAAUAUUCCCAAAGCUCCCCAGAAAGACCCUUGGCUGCCCUGGGUAACAUGCCCCCCAUCUCCAGGAGACCCCAGAGCAGAGACAGUGGUCUGGCUCCUGCCGAAAAGGAUGAAUCCAAUCCUGCCAUUCAAGGGAACAUCACCAUUCCUAGGCCCCAGGGAAGAAAGACUCCAGAACUGGGGAUCGUGCCACCACCACCAGCACCCAGGGCUUCCAAGCACCAGGCUCCAGCGGAAAUCCUCACCCCUCAGGGGCGCGGCCCCUUGGUUUCAGAUCUUGUCCCCGAGCCCUUUGGGGCUGUGUCCCUAAAGGCCGAAGUGCAGCAGUCAGCGGGUGGCUCCUCCCGCCCGUCCCAGCUGCCGUGCGGCGCUGCCGGCAGCGCUGGGAUGCUGCAGCCCGAGCGGGUGAAGGCAGAGGGCGCCGGCAACGAGAGCGAGCUCCUGCUGAGCCUGCUGGACCCGCUGCGAACCACGGCCUGGCCGGCCAGGGCCCCGCAGGGCUCGGCCCCCGCUCCCGCCUUCGGGGCCCUGCCCAGUGACUUUGUGCCUCCUGCAGCUGCAGCGUUUGCCCAGCCCCUGGGCUAUCCUGCUCCCCCGCCUUUUCUACAGCCCUCCCCCAAUCCGUUCACCCAGACACUGCCAGGAGCCCUGCCCGUGUCCCUGGUCAGAGCCCCCAGGGGCUCCUUCACCCCCUCCCUAGGUCAUGCCUACAGCUCCAGCUUCAUCACCCCCACUGCCGCCUUCUACCCGGCACAGAGACCUCAGCCCCCCAUGGCCACGCUCUCCAUGCCAAACCUGUUCAGCCAGGCUCCAGCUGUGCCAGCAGCUGGCUCCUUGCUCCUGCAGAGCCACAGCCCUUCUCCCAGCAGCUCCCUCCAGCCAGCGUGUCUGGCUGCUCCCCCCAAACCCCGAACGUUACAGGUGGGCCAGCCCAGCACAAAGGUAGAUCCCAAACAAGCCCUGGCUCUUCUGGCCAGUGAACCCCCUCUGGUCCCUGCCAGGCCAGCCAAGGGCUUGGAGUCAGUGUUACUGUCCUCAAAAUCUGAGGAGACAAAAGAUCCAUUUGAAGAUCUGUUAAAAAAGACCAAGCAGGACGUGUCACCCACACCAGGUAAGGUGGAGCAGCUCAGAAAGCGAUGGGAAACCUUUGAGUGACACGCCCCAUGGCCUUGGUGUCCUUUUGGAAGUGACAGAGGGAUUUUUUGGUUUUUUUGAGCCAGCAUAAAACCAAGCAUUUCUUUUAAGGAAGGCUGAGCCAGGAGUGCCGCAGGACCAUCGCUGAGCUGCAACUCAACACGAGAGCUUUUUGCCCACAGGUCAGAGUCCCCCAGUCCCUGGCACUGCUCUCACUCCCCGCCACUGAACCCUGGGAUCCCUGCACUGACCAAAGCCUGAGGGGAGGUGGGUUGGGUUGGGGUGGGUUGGGAUUUCCAUACACAGCUUUUCAGGCAGCACUACUGAUGCACAAGUUCCUCCCUCCCUGUAUUUUUGGUCCUUGGCACACCUGGAGCUUGACACAGCCCACUCUGCUGGGGUUCGCUCCUGCCUCUGAGAACGGACGUCAGUUUUUCUGGCAUUACACAGAAAUACAACAUUUUGUUCCCACAUGCAAAGUGCAGCAAACCGGCCCACAAGUCACUGAACUGCUCCCUUGGUUUGUGUUUGUGCUCCUGGAGCUGUGCUGUCACAUGGACUUUGGUGGCACCUUUGACUCCCCCCCACCCCAAACACCAACAGCCAGGGCAGAGUUGUCACAGGCCUGGAAACCACAGCACAGAGCAGCUGCUCAGGGAUAGGUCCUGCAUCUCUGUUGGGAAACUGGAAACACCAGCAAUUGUUUUCAUUUUUUUGACUUUGUUUUUGUUAAAUACAUCAGAAAAUAGAGGCCAUAAAGAGUAUCCUAGUUCUUAUAUAUGUGUAUCUUAAUAUUAUCUAUCAAUAUUAUAAAUUGCAGUAUAUGAAUGGAAUGUAACAAUAUCUUACUUGAUGAUUACAAAGCCGAGCAGGUGUGGGGCGUGGCGGUUCCCGCUGCUGGGUGCAGGGCAGGCCGGUGUGCUGGGGCUGAGGGCAGGGCAGGCCGGUGUGCUGGGGCUGAGGGCAGGGCAGGCCGGAGU